GAUUGAGUCGAAAUCGGACCAAUGGACGAGCUGCGGGCGUGGCUGCUGACCGGGCUAGGGAUGGAACCGGAUAGCAUGGUGGGCGGGCUUUGAGGUGAAGCUGGGACCGCAAGACAGGCUGGGGGCGAGCCUUGAGGCGGGGCCAGAUGAGGCCUCGACAAGGCUGGGGCGGAGCUUGGUGCCUGGUCGGGUCAACAUAAAACAGCCGGAGGUGAUUCAGGGCUGGAGGAAUUACCAGUGCGGGCAAGGCCUGAGACAGAGCCAGGCGGAGGGAUGGGUGGAGAACGAGAAAGAUGAGGAGAUGAGCGCGAAGGUGUACUUAGACCUGGAGUGGACUGACUACAGGCUGAGCUGGGACCCCGCGGAGCACGAGGGCAUCAACUCGCUGCGCAUCACGGCUGAAUCCGUGUGGUUACCGGACGUGGUGCUCAUGAACAACAAUGACGGAAACUUUGAGGUCGCUCUGGACAUUAACGUCGUGGUGUCCUCCGACGGCUCCGUGCGCUGGCAGCCUCCGGGCCUCUAUCGCAGCAGCUGCAGCAUCCAGGUGACCUACUUCCCCUUUGACUGGCAAAACUGCACCAUGGUGUUCAGUUCCUACAGCUAUGAUAGCUCGGAGGUCAGCCUGUGGACAGGUCUGGGCCCUAAUGGACAAGCACAGCAGGAAAUCCACAUUCAUGAAGGCACCUUCAUUGAGAACGGCCAAUGGGAGAUUAUCCAUAAACCCUCUCGGCUUAUCCAGCCUCCAGGGGAUCCUAGGGGACAGGGAGAAGGACAGCAUCAAGAAGUCACCUUUUAUCUCAUCAUUCGCCGGAAGCCUCUCUUCUACCUGGUCAAUGUCAUUGCCCCAUGCAUCCUCAUCACACUCUUAGCCAUCUUUGUCUUCUAUCUGCCUCCAGAUGCAGGGGAGAAGAUGGGGCUCUCGAUCUUUGCCCUGCUGACUCUUACUGUGUUCCUGCUGCUGCUGGCAGACAAAGUGCCUGAGACCUCCCUAUCAGUCCCCAUCAUUAUCAAGUAUCUCAUGUUCACCAUGGUCCUCGUCACCUUCUCUGUCAUCCUGAGUGUCGUAGUCCUCAACCUGCACCACCGCUCACCCCACACCCACCAAAUGCCCCUUUGGGUUCGACAGAUCUUUAUCCACAAGCUCCCGCGGUACUUGGGUCUGAAAAGGCCCAAACCUGAGAGAGACCAGAUGCCAGAGCCUCCUUCUCUAGCCCUCAAGGAUUCCCCAGGAGGUGGCUGGGGUCGGGGAACAGAUGAAUAUUUCAUCCGGAAGCCGCCGAGUGAUUUUCUUUUCCCCAAACUCAACAGGUUCCAGCCUGAACUGACUGCCCCGGACCUGCGGCGAUUUAUCGACGGGCCAAUCCGGGCUGUAGGCCUGCCUGCCGAGCUACGGGAGGUCGUUUCUUCCAUCAGCUACAUCGCUCGACAGUUGCAAGAGCAGGAGGACCACGAUGCGCUGAAGGAGGACUGGCAGUUUGUGGCCAUGGUAGUGGACCGCCUCUUCUUGUGGACCUUCAUCAUCUUCACCAGCGUCGGGACCCUAGUCAUCUUCUUGGAUGCCACGUACCACUUGCCUCCUCCCGAGCCCUUUCCUUGAGGACAGGAGAGACCCAGGUCCCCGGCCAUCUGAAGUGAGAGUUCUGCAGUACUCUCAAGCCCUGUCCCUUCUCUGCUUCUUAACCUCCUAACUCCUAUGGGAAUCCAGCCCUCUCACCGUUUCUCUCCCUGGGGAGGAAACGAAAGUGGGACUGGGACAGAUGGGGACUUUGGGAUUACUCUGGGUUCUUGAAGAAGCUCCUUUGGAUAUCAACACCUAGGUCCCCAAUGAAAUGGAUCACAGAACAAGCAGCAGACUAUAAGCCUGUAUGACGGCAGGAACUGUGUCUUGUUUACCUUACUAUCCCCAGCGCCUGGCAUAGGUCCUCACCUAUAGUAGGUCCUUAACAAGCAUUUGUUGAAAGAAUUGGAAAAAAAUUUCCUGGAAAUACACCAAUUUAGUACUGCUUAUCUUUGCAUGUUGGGACUAGUGGUCUUUUUUUUUUUUUUUUUAAACCUUUCUUAAAUUCUUUUGUGAUGACUGUUAGAAAAUGUUAUUUCUGAAAGCCUGUGCUUGUAACGAGAAAAAAAAGCAUUUUAAAGAAUUCCAUUCAAGUUCCAGCUUUGGUGCUCAAGCAUUAGAUGAGCCACUGAAACUGCUUUGUGCCUCAGUUUCCUUAUCUGUAAAAUGAAGCUAAUAAUACUAUCUUCCCCUUAGGGUUAUUUGAGGAUCAUAUGAGAAGCACUAUACAGUGUAUUUCAGAGGUCACAAACUUGUUUGUCUUGGCCUAUGGGAAACAUCUUAAAUUUGAGUUUGUUGGCUGCCCUUUGAAACUGGGAUAUUUCAUAGGGAAAUUUUGAUUUCUGAAUUCUCUUGAAGAAAAAAAAUAAAAAACUUUCAUAACACUAGUCCUAGGUUCUCUACUGGGAGGAGCUGCUCGAGCUAAUUAGUGACUACUGGCUCUGGUAAAGGAAUUUAUGCCAGAAUUCCUGAAAACCCUCACCUGCCUGACCAGCUUCACUCAUUUUACCUGCCCUUCCUCCAUUACACUGAAAAGAGACAAGGGAAGAAAGGGGAGACAAAGAGUUGAAGUCAGUGGGAAGUCACUAGUUUCCUUUUAAUUUGGAAAAAGGGUUGGACCUGGUUUAAGGCAUGGUCCUUCCAGGACACAGACCUUGGGCCCAGCAAUUGUGUGCAACAGGCUGUGUGAACAGGACUCAGUUAAUGUCUCUGCUUGGAGGUUGGACCAAAGAAAUUUUGAGCCUAGUGGCUGUGUAAUAGUAGUGAUGUACCUAAGGUCAACAGACCUUCACAUCUACUCAACUGCUUGAAGCUGUAGGGAUCCCCAUGGGAUAAGGCUAGCAUGUCCCUGUUCACCAGGCCCACCAGCCACGCAAAUAAUCGCACCUGGCACCCUGCUGCGGAGCACAGU